AUGCAUGGCUCCGACACGCUUGCGCGGUUCCUCCUCCUCGCCGACGACGUCCGGGUGCUCGUGUAUGACUCGCACCUGCCGUGGGCGCGACGCGUGGCGAGUGAGGCCGGCGUGGCCGCGACAGCGUUCUUCACGCAGAUGUGCGCGGUGGACGUGCUGUACGGCGAGGUCUCCGUGGGGCGGGUCGCGCUGCCACUGGCAGACGGGAGCGCGCUUCGGGGGAGGCUCUCCGUGGAGCUCGGGCCCAACGACGUGCCACCGUUCGUCGCCGCGCAGGCGUGGUACCCGACGUUCACGGACUCGGCGCUGUCGCAGUUCGAUGGGCUGGACCAGGCCGACCACGUGCUCGUCAACUCCUUUCAUGACCUCGAGCCAAUGGUGAGCACCAGCUACCAGCACCUGGACCAGGCCGUCGCGACGGGGCCGGGCGCGGCCGGGGCGAGGCGAGUCGAGGAUGGGCGCGGCCGGGCGCAGCCGAGCACAGCGAGGCGAGGCCACGACGAGUUGAGGACGGGCACGGGUGGGCGCGGCAGGGCGCGGCGAGGUGACGCUAGGCGCGACCGGACGCAGCAGCGGGGCGCGGCUGGGAGCAGCGAGGCAAGGCCGUGGCAAGUUGACGCCGGGCGCAACAGGGCGAAGCCACGACGAGGAGCGGGGUCGAUGAAGAUGCCACGGGAGGAGGCCGACGUGGCACUCGCGGUGUGGCAUGGAUGA